CCGGCCGAAGUCGAAUGCGGUAGUGUACGAAAAAAAAACAAGCGAGCGGAGCCGACAGGAGACAAGACGGCCACAGUUUACCUCCACAUCAUAAGACCAGGUUUUGGGAGCGGAAAUUUCACGCCCUGCCGGGUCGUGUUGCCGUCGGAGACGUCUGAGGAUACUCACGGCCAGGAACAAUAGGAUGCAGCAUACACUCAGCUGGUGACUGGUCUGCAGGCUCUCCAUUUCUUCUCCCCGGAGUCAGCCAGCUUUCGGGGGGCAGAUUCCUGCGACCCUCUUCUCUUAAUCUGAGUCUUAGUCUGGACAAAACUAACCUGUCAUUGGAGUACACCACCUGACCUAAUCUGUGUUGCUUGGAUCAGCACAGCUCAUCUCCUGACCGAGGAGAGCGCAGCAGCUGCACAGGAAUCACCUUCUUCUUUUUUUUUUUCUUUUUAAAAAAAAUAAAUAAAAAAAUCCGGCUCCGCCCACACUACCCGUCGCGAUGGUGCUGUCACAACGUCAAAGAGAUGAACUAAAUCGAGCCAUAGCCGAUUAUCUACGUUCCAAUGGAUAUGAAGAAGCAUACUCCACCUUCAAGAAGGAGGCGGAAUUGGAUAAUAAUGAAGAACUGGAUAAGAAGUACGCUGGCCUUUUGGAAAAAAAAUGGACCUCAGUCAUCAGAUUACAAAAGAAGGUGAUGGAGCUUGAAUCCAAACUAAACGAAGCUAAAGAUGAGCUCACUCUGGGUGGGCCCGUUACUCAGAAGCGUGACCCCAAAGAGUGGAUCCCACGCCCACCAGAAAAGUACGCGCUGAGUGGCCACCGCAGUCCGGUCACCCGUGUAAUCUUCCACCCUGUCUUCAGUGUCAUGGUGUCAGCCUCUGAGGACGCAACAAUAAAGGUGUGGGACUAUGAAACAGGAGACUUUGAACGCACGCUGAAGGGCCACACAGAUUCAGUGCAGGACAUCUCCUUUGACCACACAGGCAAACUGCUCGCGUCCUGCUCCGCAGACAUGACCAUCAAGCUGUGGGACUUCCAAGGCUUUGAGUGCAUCAGGACCAUGCACGGACACGACCACAAUGUUUCGUCUGUAGCCAUCAUGCCCAACGGAGAUCACAUUAUUUCUGCCUCCAGGGAUAAAACCAUAAAAAUGUGGGAGGUGGCAACUGGCUACUGCGUGAAGACCUUCACAGGCCACAGGGAGUGGGUCCGUAUGGUACGACCCAACCAGGACGGCACGCUGAUCGCCAGCUGCUCCAACGACCAGACAGUCCGCGUGUGGGUGGUGGCCUCCAAAGAAUGCAAGGCUGAGCUGCGGGAGCACGAACAUGUGGUGGAGUGCAUCUCCUGGGCACCGGAGAGUGCCUACUCCACCAUCCUCGACGCCACAGGCUCGGAGUCCAAGAAGAGUGGGAAGCCUGGCCCCUUCCUACUCUCCGGCUCCAGAGACAAAACCAUCAAGAUGUGGGAUGUCAGCACUGGCAUGUGCCUUAUGACGCUGGUUGGCCAUGACAACUGGGUGCGUGGGAUCCUCUUCCACCCCGGAGGCAAGUUCAUUGUGACCUGUGCAGAUGACAAGACCUUAAGGAUCUGGGACUACAAGAACAAGCGAUGCAUGAAAACCCUGAGUGCCCACGAACACUUUGUUACCUCUCUGGAUUUCCACAAGGCCGCUCCUUAUGUGGUCACCGGGAGCGUAGAUCAAACGGUAAAAGUUUGGGAGUGUCGCUGAUUUGGACCUUGAGAGGAUUGGACCACAACCCUGACCACCCAGGCGCUCCUCCUGCCAUCCCACUUACCCUUUCACCUCCCUCCCUCACCUUAAACCCGAACCAUCUCCUCCCUCCUUCCCCUCCACCCCCGCACAUCUCGGUCCCCUUCUGUCGCACUCACCGCCAUGGUUAUUUAUCCAUCGCACUCUCUCUGGUCCAGUAAUUUUUUUUUUUUUUUUUUUGUCCUUCUGUGUAAAUUAUUCCUGGAUGUAGAUCGAGCUAUUAAAUGUUACACAAAAGUAUUCUUGCAUGGUAAUCCAAAAUUGUAUACUGUAAAUUUACAUGACGUUGUCUAGAAGUACCAUAGGUUUAACAACGGGGCUCGCGGAGCCUCCACCGACCAACCGAAGGCGGAUGUUUUUGACUGGGUGUGAAACGUAGGGCACUAAAAACCGAUAAUUUAAGAAAUGACAGUGUCUUUAUGUGUAAGAUUUAUUUUUGUCUAUUUUUUUAUUUAGGAUUUUUCUUUUUCCCCCCUCUCUCUCUCUCUCUGUUAUUUCUCUCCUUCACUGUCGUAGUCUGUCGGUGCCUAGCUCGGUGAAACGUUUAAGAGACGAGGCAGGAGAAACGUAUAUGUGGGGCUUUGUUAUUGAAAUAAUCUGUAGCUUUAUAACAUCACUUCUCAAGUGUGCAUACCAUUUCUCUUCAUGUGGAUCUAGGUAAUAUUUUAAUGGCUGUAUAUACGAAUGUUUCAAACUGUGUCCUUGGACCUCGGGGGCUUGAAAACGGCUUUGUACUCAUUGUCACGGUGGCACAUGAAUUGCUGCUGGACUUUAGAUAAAUUAUCCCAUUUUUAAAAUGCGUGGCUUUGCGAGUAGCUACACUAAGCUUGUUUUUUUCUUCUUUUGUUUUUUGUUUUUUUAAAACAAGAAGCCUGAUGUAGCGAGCGAGUUUCGCCGUCAGUGAGCGCCCUGGUCGCUGAGCAGACUUUGGGGAUUACACCCGUUUAAUCUGAGUAAAGAUCUCGGGCGUGCCUCCCUUUUUAGGAGACGUUUUCCCUUCACCUCCUCAGUCAGACGCAGCCGGAUCUCGUAGCCACGUCUCUCGCCUCCUGACCUGGUCGGCUGUGGCGGGGGGGUUUGGAGCACCAAAGGAAAGUCUGAAGAUGCUCAGUUGUCCCGCUUCGCCCUCUGAAGGCUUAAAAAAAAUAACACAGUGAACUGGCUAAUGACAAGGAGUCAAAUUGAGCGCCCCCUGGGUUCCAUAUCUGGUAUGUGCAAGGAUCUGUAAUUUUUGAGUUAUACCUUGUGCAUAAAGAAAUCGGUUUUGAGUACUGAAAUAAUACAAAGAAGCCAGUUUUCUGUGAAAAUAAAUGUAAAUUUAGCUUGUUAUCAAUUAAGAAGCCUGGCAAUUUUUUUACUGUCGCCGUAAACUGAUAACCCUAGCCGGGAAUGAGGAUUAGUGAGGAAAUGCCGGAUAACUGCGGAGGUCGUCUCGUCUGGACGGUUUAUACUUUAACUCUUUACCCUUUGAAAGCCUUCUGGGAGUAACCCUGGAAACGCUUUCCUGAACUGAGCAGUUUGUCAUAUUUCAGACCUGCUUUACAACAAAAUGACUGGGUUUGUAUCUGCAGCUAUCCUUAGAAAAACCCUGAAACUAUUCUGAUUGUCAAACCACGUCUUUAUUGAUAUAUGCAGAGGUGUCAAAACUCAUCUUAAAGGGUACAGAGAAAGACAACACUAACACCCGAGGGUCUCCACAGACAAAUCUCUCCUGAGUGGCUUUCCUCAAAAGUUCUGAUUUUGGAUUAAAUGCUGAAGAGACAACCAUUCCACUUCCCUCAUAGGACACAAACAUAAUGAAAAAUACAUGAAACAUCUUGCGUCUAGCUGUAGCUGCCAAGGUGAUUCGUUAAUCUUGCACAUCCCUGUUUUUUUGUUUUGUUUUGUUUUUUUCACUGAAGCUUUGUUCAUUCACUGGUGAUCAAAGAAAACAUUAAUGAUGUUGAUGAAGCGUUUAAAUUAAAUAAAAAAAAAUUAAAAAAAACAACAAAAAAACAAAACACUUAUAAUUUCCGAUUAGCCGUGUCAUUCCGGUGCAUCUCUUGGCUAAUAAAGAAUUCCACUGCUUUAACCGAUCUUCUUAUCUUAGCUUCUUUGCCAAGUUUUUCCUCUCUUCCUGUGUGUAACUGGAUGUGGUGAUCUGCUGCUCAAGCUCUUGCUAGUGGCCACUGUGAGCCUAAAUGUGACCUGGUGAUGUAGCACCGCUGCAUGUAAGCCUGCUCCCAGAGGCGGAGCUGUCCGAACAUGACGUUUUAAAUGAUUUGGUGAAUGAUUGACUUAAAAAAAAUUGGCGAAUGAGUGCUUAUUUGCCUUCUUCCUCUUCAGCGUUAAUGAUAAUGGUGUUGGUGCCACGCUGUUGGCAUCACAGAGAAAUCGAGUAAUUGUUUUUUCCCCAAACUGAUCCUGGGUUCGGACAGCUCUGAUCUCUGGUUGUAGGACAGCUGGUUUUGUUGUGUGUGAUGCUAUUCGAGGGAGGUUUGACAGCCUCCUCCUUCUGUACAUGCAAUGGGAUUGUGGCAGACUAGGAUGUCCCAAAGGAGAAACCCUCUCUUUCAGGGAAUAUUACUGAUGUCUCCCUUUUGGUGCAGUGCCCCUUUGCCCCCUUUUUUUUUUUUCUCCCUAUUAGCUGUUUUUUUUCCUCUGUACAGAACAUCUGAGUCAGAGGCUUUGGAUGAAGAGGGUAAAUUUUUGUAGUACAGUUUGGCUAACAGAGAUGCCAACGUGUUAAAUGUUCUAGCUGAAGCCAAAAAUGGAGACAUUUGUCUGUACAAUCGGGUUUAUCUUGAGAAAGCAGCCUCCUUGGUGGUCCAGACGCUGCGACCAGCCUUUUUGAAAAGUCUCCUCAGGAUCACGCUAUGACAUGCCAGACCACAAAAUGUAAAGGAAAAAAACUUAUGCCCCUUGAUUUUACUUCAAGGAGGAAGGUGAUGAUCAGAGGUCAGGACGAUGUGCGUUCUGUUUAUUUUGUAAUAAUCGGUUGGGGGAGGGGGGGAAAAAGGAAGGAAAAAGACUAAAAGCAAACCUACAACAUGGCUGAUGAUGUAUGCAAGUGUUGGGAAAAUCCCCUUUUGACAUUCGCAGGUCCAAAGCAAUCCCUGUGCUGCUCUGGUCUGGUGUGUGAAGGGACCGACGGACAGCUUUUUACUGUCUGUGGGUCGUUUCCCUCGGCCCUCUGUAACCUGCCUGUGAACCACACACGAGGACUUCAGACUUCACAACAAGCUCCUACAGGAAAGCUCAUGAUGUUAUUGCCACUAUGGUCUCACUCUUCACACAGCAAACUGUUAACAAUAUACCUGGAUGUCAUUAUUGUUUGCGAUAUAAUAAAAGAAGAAAAUCUA